GGGUGCUCCGCCGCAGUUUGGAGUCAUACCCUCACGCGGCUACUAAGGUAUUUAUUCGUCGCUUCACCUCCGUUUGGAAGUCCCGGGAAAAACUACACAUGGAUACGCUACAGAGCUGCAACCGGGAAGUCUACACGAGGCAGAUAUGAAGCUAUCAGCCCGAGAAUACGCUCGGCAUGGCUUCUCAUAUCCAGGCUGAGCAGCGCAGCCCUCUGCUCAGCCUUCCGCUGGAGCUGCGGACGCAAAUCUUCAGGGAUGUGUUGUCCAACAUCGUCUGCCAACGACCUGUCAUCAUCUGGGAUGAUGUCUUCACCAGCAUCUCCGGCAAACCGCGUCCAAUUCAGACAGCAAUUCUUCAGACCUGUCGGACCACCUACAUCGAGUGCGUUCCGAUCCUCUAUGACGUGAGACUGAGCGUCAUCAUCAGGUCCGACAUCCAGGACGACAGCUUUCCGCGUUUUCAAAACUGCCUGGGAAGCCUGAACGACUGCGCCUGGCUCUCGCGGCUCCGGCACAUCGAGCUAGAGAUCAAAUACAGCUGCCGAUUCCCGGAAGAGAUUGCUCGCAUUAGCGAUCGUGUGCACAAGUUUGCAGUGGCUUGCUUGCGACUGCAAACUAUGGACCUCACCUUUGUCGACGUGACUGCGAGGAGGAAGGCUUCGGUCACCAAGAGUUGGGCCAAGGGCGUGGCCGAUCCCAUUGUGGAGGCUUGUUACGAGUUGGAGUGUGAACGUGUUGUGGCAGUUCACCGCAACUUCGCUGCGCAGAGAGAUAUGGGGAGUAAAGCCUGGAGGGCUCUGACGGAGAUGAUGCUCGGUAGAUGCGAGCCACGUACAGGGAGCGACUGUCGCGGGUCCGCGGAGUAUGGUCCCUUUGAGCACGUUCAUACUUUAGAGUGAAGAAGAAGGCACAUGUUAUAAUGGAGUUGCACGUGAUGA